UCCCAUCCACUGAAAGCAAAACACAUUUCAAAAAAGCCAGGUCGCAAAAAAACAGCUACAAUGCUGAACAACAUCGGUUCUUCAAACAGCACCAUCAUUCAGCCUGCUGGAUUUUACAUCAUUGGCUUGCGUUCAAUGCCUUACACUAAUGUCUAUGUCAUGUUCCUCACCGUCCUUUAUGUGAUCACAGUCAUAUGCAAUGUCUUUCUGAUCUCCAUUAUCGUCUAUGAUCAGCGUCUGCAUGUCCCAAAGUUCAUGGCUGUUGCUAAUCUGGCUGUGGUUGAUCUUAUUCUCAGCACUUCUCUGGUGCCUGGCAUGAUAAAGACUUAUAUUGCUCUGGAUAAUUUUGUGCCCUUCAAUCUGUGCCUUUUGCAAAUGUACACUUACUAUACUUUUACAUGCCUAGAGUCAUUAUCCUUAUGUAUUCUCUCUUAUGACCGGUUCAUUGCGAUCUGUUUGCCUUUAAGACACGAAUCUAUAAAUACAAAUAGCAGAAUGGCUUAUAUAAUUAGUGCAGUUUGGUUCUUUUGUGUUGUUAUUGUACUCUAUGCUGUUUUAUCCAUCCUAACACUAUCCUUUUGCGGCUCUCAUGAGAUGAACAGCUAUUUUUGUGAUUAUACUCCUGUUUUAGUGCUUGCUUGCAGUGACAUAACACCACAGUUGAACUUUGCCACCACAGCAACUAUACUUUUUUUAGGGGUAGCUUCAAUUUUUAUUUUCUUUACUUAUAUAGGUAUACUGAGUGCUGUAUUUAGAAUGAAAAACAGCCAAAGCCGUUUCAAGGCACUGGCCACAUGCACAGAGCACCUCAUAUUAGUGUGCUUAUACUUCGUUCCUAUUGCAAUUAUCUUCAAUCUUACAUUUUUUGGGAUUAUUUGGAACCCCAAUGUUGGUUUGGUGUGUUUGUCUUUGUCAUCCCUCUUUCCGCCCUGCGUGAAUCCUGUCAUCUACUCAUUGAAAACUAAAGAGAUUCGAAGCAGGAUUUAUUCUUCAUUAACCCGGAGACUAUUUGUUAAUCCUCUAAAAAAUGUGCAUUAA